GACUCGGCCUCGGUUGCGCGUGGACAGUGUUGUAAAUUUUUUCGUUGCGUAAAGAUGUCCACGGACACAGCAAUGGACUCGAGGCAAGUUGGUAGACAUGUAUUUCUUUUUUCCAAGCAAAACGGGCAUGAAGGUUCCCCUACUAUUAUUGCUAAGCCCGUAGAUAUAACACAGGAUUUACCCAGGGAAUUUCUUCGCUAUUUAAAAACGUUGUUCGAUAUUCUCGACGAAAAAGGUUCUGGUUUCGUAAGAUUAGCUGACAUUGAAUCGCGCUGGAAAACAAACCAAGGAUCAACUGCUCUUAAUGAGGGAGUUAUUGAAAGCUUACGGAAAGUAACACCAAAAAAUGGACUGCUUAGUUUUGAGAGGCUUUGUACGGGUAUGAAACUCGCCCUCAAAACUCAACCACGAACUCAAAAUGGAACCACGGUAACGGUGAAUGGGUUUUCUGGUCACGGUCAAACGACCAAACGUUCGAGCUCUGUUCCUCAGCUGGACACUGCGAAAGACUGGACAUCCGAUUCAAGCGAAGACUCUUUCGCUAGCGGUGAAAAGAGAGAAAAAGUGAAAAUAAUUAAACAAUUGAGAGACUGGAAGGAAGAAAAACAAGAAAAACGUCGCUCUCUUAACUUUACUCCAACCAACAACAUCGGCGGAAACGACAGCUCCGGAAGUAGCAGUGAGUGUCUUUUAUUCUUAUCUUUCACGGGAUAAAUUUUAAUUGAUGGUUUGCUUGGCUACUAAAUUACCCUAUGCAUUUUAGCUUGUGGUCAGGUUCAUUCUCUGCAAACUAAAAUAGUUGUUUUGAAUAGUUAUACCACGGUUUAUUUCAUAAACGAACUCGCGUUAAUUGAAAUUGGAAGGUGUUAUUCAGUAAACAGAACACGGAUUAUAAAGCAGCAGGCAAUAUGUCGACAUGUAAUACUCGUUUACAGUGCGAAGUCAAAGAAGCACAAACAUAAUUUCAAUUAACUCGAUUCUUGUUUUUAAGUCAAUAAUUAGGCUUGAUGAAAUUUACUCGUUUCUUCGGUUUGAUCACUUAAAUUUACUUGAAAUAUUAAAUUCAGUGACAUCUUUUAAAACAUUUGCAGCACCUUCGAGAAAAAUCAGCAAAUUUUAGUGUUUUUCCUCUAAGCUUUGUCUAAUCGUUCUAAGGAGGAUUUGUUAUUUAUCCGAAAGAAAGAUUAAGGCUAAGGAAUUUAAAAGAAAUUCUAAACCUUGAUCGAUCGUUCAAGUUAUUUGUAACUGUUAGAUUAAACAGCGCAACAGGGAUUAUAAAUUCCAGGUGGUUGGUAAUGAAGCUUAACAUGUUAUUUAUAUCUCAGACUUUGUGUCAUUCGUGUUUACAUUUCCACUGUACAUUAAUAAAGCUAGAAGACAUUUGUUUAGUUUUUUAUGACCUGCAACACCCGUGUUUUUUUUCCGCUAAAAAUAAUAAUAUUAAAUCUAGUUUCUUCCACAGUCAACUGCACCCAGUACGACGGAUGCAUACAGCUAGUUCACCCAUGAAAACUGUUGAUGUUACAAAAUAAUCACAUUUUUUUUAUUUCGUUUUGUUUUUCCUUUCCUUUUUUCUUUUUUUCCUAAUAUAAGCAAGCUAUGAGGAAGAGAACUGGCUCCUAUUUUGGAAUGUCCAUAAGAGAGUUUCAACAACACUUUCAAAUUCUCCUUUACUUUAUUUGUUUCACUUUUUACUUCUGCGUUUGCACUUUCUAGAGUGCCCACAAUAGGUUCAGGAUUUGCCUUAUUUCAAAGGUCAGGGUACGAGACUGGACGGGAGGGGAGGGGCUACUUUUUCCCAGGGAGCGAGGUUGGGGGGGGAAGAUUUAGGAAUGACAGCAUGCACAGGAUGCGUAAUGCCGAGAUAACCAUCAGGAUUAUGAGAUUGAGGGGAACUUGAGGGGUGGGUUUGAAGGGAGUAGAGAACCCUAUAGUGGAUCCUGGAUAUAGGGUUUUAAAACAUACUGCUACUUUAAACACCACUUCCGAUCACCGGUACUAGUAUUUGAUGGAGUGUAUAUUUAUACACUGUUUGUAUUGAUACUGAUAUCAUUGUAAGGUCCUUCAUCAACAAGUCCAGUUAGAAGGAGUAACUCAACUACGAAAGUCUACUUUGUGGGUAAAGAAGAAAGUCCAAUAGCACAGACAAAUGGCCAUGUCAGACCUCCCGGCAUUCCGGAGGCUUCUAAGGUAAACAAGGCAAAAUUAAUGCGUCUAAUUUUAUCCAUUUUAUUGUAAGGUUUAUAUUAGCAUCAAACCGGAUUGCUAAUCAUAUAUUGAAUAUCAAAUUAUUUGAACAUGCAAAUAUAUAAUUUAUUGAAAGUGAAGAAUGAUCGUCCCAGUAAAUUUUCCAAUUUAAGCAAUUGGAAAGAAGAAGCCUGAAAAAAAAUCAGGGCUCUUUUCAGGCUUCUUCUUUCCAAUUGCUUAAAUUGGAAAAUUUACUAAGAUGAUCAUUCUUCACUUUCAUCUACAACCGCAGUUCAAAAAUGAAUUAUUUCUUAUACUUCACAUUAUAUAAUUUAUUGUUGACAUCCAAAUUCAGUGUUAACAAUUUGUCACGUUAGAUUUUUUAUAUGUCGUAGGCUGUUUUACAACUGGAUUAUCAAAAUAAAUAGAAUAAUUAUUGCUGAUGGAUGCAAACGUGCACAUACAAAAACAAACAAAAUAUUUACAUGUAUAUCUAAAAAAAGAUUACCCUGAAUUCAUACAUGUGUAGAAAUAGCAUUGGCAAUAUUUUGUUUGCAAUUUAAGAAAAUAUUUAUAUCAACAGAAAGAUUAUAUUGAAUUCAUACAACUUGCUUUGGCAAUAUUUUGUUUACAAUUUAAGAAAAUAUUUAUAUCAAAAGAAAGAUUAUAUUGAAUUCAUACAACUUACUUUGGCAAUAUUUUGUUUACAAUUUAAGAUUCAAAGUAUUGAUAAAAAUCAGUGCUCCUUCAGUAUUAGCCUGUAUUGAUAUUUAUAUUUUAUACCAAAAAAGUGAUGAUACCAAUAUAUUUACACUGUAAACCAAUAGUCAAAGCUUUGAAAAAGGCAGUGCUAAAAAUGUUUGGGUCUAGUGUAAUAUACAUUUCAUUAUUCGUGGGUUUUGGUUUUUUUUUGUGUGCUUGUGAAUAAUAUUGUUAAUAAAUUAUUUGUAGUUAUGAAUGCCUACAAUGUAUUAAGCCUAUAAGACAGUUGGAAUGGCAGCAUAUGGAGUCUAAAACAAUGGCAAAGAUGGGAGUUUAAACUGUGACAGGGUAGAAGGCCAGCUCAAAUACAAAAAAAUAAACUAAAACACUGACCAGGAGAUAGUAUGGCUUCCUCCUAGUUUGAAAUGACGGGUUUUGAAAUUCAGAUUACAAGGGACAUGCCAUAACCCCCUCUCCUUCCUGCUUUUGUCAUUUCAGCACUCGUUAGCUUCAUGGAAGCAAUCUCUUUUUGUAGCCUACGUGUCAAUAUAUUAUUUUGGACAGUCAAAAGUCCAGACAUUUGUCUAGAUAAACAUAUUGGAUGAACAGUUCCUUUUUCUGACUAAAAUUUUCAAAGCAGUAAGCUAGUAUAAGACAGUAUUUGUAGUCAAGACCACAAAAAAUUUAAUUUCCGGAAAUAAUGUGAGGUUUGCAAUAUUAGUUUUUAAGAUUGUUGGAAAUCAUGUGCGUGUAAUGAAAAUAAAUCCAUUUUUCAUGAAGUAUGCCAUUUUCACGCGUAUUCCUCUGAAAAGAUCCUAAAUGCUUUACAACAAUUUACUUCUCAACCCUCUUUUCAAGAAUGAAGAUAAAAAUGAGAAAGCCACAAAGUAAUAAUUAUUUGAAUUUCCAAUUUGUCUAUUCAUUAUUAUUUAUAUUGCAAUUUGUUUGUCUUUUUUAUUGCAGGAGGCACGGUUGAAGGAGUUGGAUGAAGAGCAUGACCUUUUACAAAGCGGCCUUCAGGUCAUUGAAAAAGCAAGAAAAUGGUAUUUUAAAAGGAUUACUGCUAUUCAAGAAGAAAAGUUGCAUCUUCAAAAUCAAGACCAGUAUUCAUUAGAACAGGUAUAAAAGGCCUUCAAACGUACGUGUAGUUGUCUAGUUGAACUAGUUACAGUUAUGCAAAUAUUUUUCACACUCUGUCCGAAUGUCUGCUUGAAUCUGUGGUGCUUUCAGUACCAGUAGAACUUUAGGGCACUUUCCAUUUGUCAGAACUGACUGGCCAGACCAUUCCCAUCGUAAUGAGAAUUUCACUUUUAAUCAAACUAUCCAGCUAGUAGAUCAGUCAAAUCCUUAAUAGUUAUAUGCACGAAGGAGAUAGUUUUUUUAUUUGCUAAUGGACUGGUCUGGCAAUGUUCCAGUCGGCCAGUUCUGCAGACAAAUGGAAAGUGCUCUUAGAUUAUACCUAACUUACCAUUAAUUCCCAUCUCUUUUAUUAGGAAUUAAUGCAGUUUGUCUUCUCUUAGUUUCAGUAUGAGCUUUUGCUUCACAAAACAAGAAGGAAAGAACUUGGACUGGAUAAGGCAACGUUCAAAGAACACAAACACCACAUACAAGACAUUAAUGAGAGCCUUGAAAAAAUUAUAGAUGGAAAAUUGCCAGCAAAGGUUCAUUAAUUAUUUACUUUACACUUUUUGUAGAUUUUAAAUCUUAAAUUUGGGAAAUAUAUCAUGGAGGCUGGAUUAUCAAAAGAGAGUUUGGGUGAGGAGGUUCACAGUUACAGUGAUGGAUGUCCGUGAAUAUGAAACCAUGUUGUUGCUGUAGUGGUCACAUUUAUAUGGAUGGUUUUUUCUUUCAAAAAAGAUAGAGUGCAUGUACAGCUGUAAAUGGGUGUCUCUUGACUGAAGUAAGGUGCAAAAGGGUGGAGUUUCAUACCUCUUCCCCAGAACCCUUAUUACACUGUAGUGGACUUCAAAUUAUUAUGGCAGCAAGCUGUUUUGUACAUUUUUUUAUUAUUAAUUAUUUACAAUUUGUUUUACAAGCCAAGUUUGGCAUGCCCAAAGUGUUACAAGAUGGUUCUAUAUUUUGGAGACGUCAACCAUGAUUGAGAUGCAGGAGACAUCCUCAAGAUUUUCUGUGUUCAGAAAUAAACCAAUGUCUUCUCCGUUUGAGUGACAAAACUCACUGAGAGAGUUCUAUAUUUUGGAAAAGUCGACCACAAAUGCAUUUCAGGAGGCAUUCUCAAGAUUCUUUAUGCUCAUAAAUAGAUACAUCUCUUUUCCUUUCUAGGUACCCUCAAAUGCAACUUCAGAGGCUGAUGAAGAAAGAAGGCGGCUCCAAGAUGAAGUGGAACGUCUAAGAAAGGUAUUCAUGAUUGGUUUUGAAUUUAGGAGAGCAGAAGAGAAAUUAGGGGGGGCCGGGGUGAGCAAUGGAUGGAAGAAAAACGAAGUGGACAGAAAAUGAAAUACCUAUCAGCAGUUAAACAAAUGCCCACCCCAUGUUUAAACAAAACCUUAUUCUUUUUGGCAGUUACUCAAAAUAUUAUUUUUUUAAGGGAGUUAACUGUGAUACCAAAUAUUAUUUCUUUAACAAGAUGCCCUGGGUUAACACAUGUCGUGAAAACCUUUGAAUUCCAGAGUCUGAUUUCAAGGCCUUGAAAGUACUUGAAAUUGGUUUUUAAUCCUUGAAGUCUUGAUUUUUCUAAUGAAGAACCUUUAAGCUAUCAACACGGUAAAAUGUUGCAAAGGAGUCAGAAAUAAAUGCUUGCAAAAUUAUGCAAGGCAUGUCUUUAACUGUUCCCAGUGCUCGCUUGUUGCUCUUGUGCAAAACUACACUGAUCCAAAAGUGCACUUUGUGUGUCCAUGGUCUGCAAGUGUUUUCAUAAUUCAAGAUCUCAUUUUCUAGCAUUUCUGCAUGAGCUCUCAAAAAAGAUCCUGACAAUUUCAAAGCAGGGUGUUUGAAAAGUUCUUAAAGGCCUGAAAAAGAGUAGAACCCUGUGCAUCUACUUUUGCAGGCUACCUGUACAAUGUAUAUUGUCUUUUUCCUGUCAGAGGUUCCUCUGUCACUGAAAUUUGUGAGACUACGUCAUAAAAUCCUCAGCAAUACCUAACUAUGACUCAUUUUUAUUGUUUUCAGGAGGUUGCUGACAAGGGCAGCAAAAUCACUCAGCUGGAAACUGAGAAAUCUGCUCUCAUUCGUGACUUGUUCAACAACAAGGCUGCAGGGAAAAAUGGCUUCGGUCCAAAGAAAGGAAAUAAAAUCUUCUAA